AUGAACGACCUGGUGUCCGAGUACCAGCAGUACCAGGACGCCACCGAAGUGAGUGUUUUCACUCGUCUUGGCCUGAGCGGCUUUACCACCUGCCUCAUGUUCCCCGGACAGCUCAAUGCUGACCUGAGGAAGCUGGCUGUAAACAUGGUGCCAUUCCCUCGUCUGCAUUUUUUCAUUCCAGGCUUCGCUCCCCUCACAAGCCGAGGCGGCCAGCAGUACAGGGCCCUCACUGUACCAGAGCUCACCCAGCAGAUGUUCGACGCAAAGAACAUGAUGGCUGCCUGCGACCCACGUCACGGCCGCUACCUGACAGCAGCUGCUAUCUUCCGUGGCCGCAUGUCCAUGAAAAAGGUGGACGAACACAUGCUUAGCUUAAGAAACAAAAACAGCAGCCACUUUGUUGAAUGGAUCCCUGAUAAUGUGAUGACCUCUGUCUGUGACAUCCCUCCUCGUGGCCUCAAGAUGGCUGCGACAUUGAUCGGCAACAACACAGCCAUCCAGGAGCCGUUCAAGCGCAUCUCUGAGCAGUUCACAGCCAUGUGAACACUUCUGCUUCCUGCACUGUUUGAUAUUGUUUGUUCUAUUACACUAGUUAUUUGUAUUUAUUUACAAGAAAUAUUAGA